AUGUCUGGUUUUUCACAUAAUAACUCACUUCCGCGACCUUCACCACCAAAUCUCAUCGACCCUUUCGACGACCUACAAACCGUCGAAAUUCAACAAACUUCUACUAAUCAGCCUGUCCCGCUGCAGAGUCUGCAGACAGCUGUUACACCACCAUCUUUUAGACCUGCCUAUAUUCAGCCAGGAAGCCAGAAUAGAAGGUCUCUAACUUAUUCUCAGCUGAACCCUUAUUACAACGAUUCUAUUGAAGACGAAGACGAGGAGCAGGAAACGUUUUAUUCGGAUUCCACUGGGCUCAUGCGACAGAUUUCUAAUAUGUCUAAUUAUUCUGAGGCCAACCUACCUUUAACAUCAAACGCUGCUCUUAGUACCUCCCCUACAUCACCAGAUAUUUUUAAGAAUAUAAAGUCUGAAGCUAUCUCUUCUGGGGGAGGAGGAGGAGGCUCAAAUAAUAAUGAUGAAGUAGGCCGUACAAUACACAUCAACGAUACUACACGUAACGCACAGCAAAAAUUCCUACAUAAUAGAAUUUCUACCGCAAAAUAUAAUUUUGCCACUUUCCUACCAAAAUUUUUAUAUGAGCAAUUUUCGAAAUAUGCCAAUUUGUUCUUUUUAUUUACAGAUGUAUCUCCAACAAACCAAUUUACGACGCUUGGUACUUUGAUUGUCGUUUUGACAGCUACUGCAUUCAAGGAAGUUAUGGAAGAUUAUAAACGGCAUCGUUCUGACGCAGAGGUCAACCAACGUCCUUGUAAUUCCUUAAAAGGAUCCUCAUUUUCUGUAAAAGAGUGGAAUGAAGUAAAAGUUGGAGACAUUGUUCGUAUAGAAGGGGGAGAAUUUUUCCCCGCUGAUUUAAUUUUGCUCAGUAGUUCUGAACCCGAAGGAUUAUGUUACAUAGAAACAAGCAAUUUGGACGGCGACACAUCAAAUAUGAUUUCUCCUUCAGAAAUAAGCCGUUUAAGCGGUUAUAUUAAAUCCGAAAAUCCAAAUAAUAGUUUAUAUACAUAUGAUGGUUAUCUCGUGAUGAAUGGACCAAAUGGUCAAAAGAAAGUUCCUUUAGAUCCUACACAGUUAUUACUUAGGGGAGCACAAUUAAGGAAUACACAAUGGAUUUAUGGCAUUGUUAUUUUUACUGGUCAUGAAACUAAAUUGAUGAGAAAUGCUAGUGCAACUCCCAUUAAGAGAACUAGUGUCGAGAAAAUGGUUAAUAUUCAAAUUAUUUUCUUAUUUGGUAUAUUGUUAACAAUGAGCUUGGCAUGUUCUGUUGGAAACCUCAUAAGAUCUGUGAAAUACGAAAAUGAAAUGACAUAUCUUAGUCUUUUCGGUUCUAAUAAGAAUCUCUUUAGCCAAUUUGGAUUCAACAUAUUAACUUUUUUAAUUUUUUUAAUUGUUACUAUGGAAGUUGUAAAAUUUCAACAAGCAGCAUUAAUUAAUUCAGACUUGGAUAUGUAUUAUGAAAAGACCGAUACUCCAGCUUUGUGUAGGACUAGUAGUUUAGUCGAAGAAUUAGGACAAAUCGAAUACAUAUUUUCUGAUAAAACUGGCACACUCACAUGCAACGAAAUGGAAUUUAAGCAAUGUUCUAUUGCCGGUCUAGCGUAUGCGGAUGUAGUUGAAGAAUCCAAACGAGCUCGAGUGACUGAUGGUGUAGAAUCUGGCGUACAUGACUUCAAGAAACUAAAAUCGAAUUUAAAAAACCAUUCAACUGCCAAUGUCAUUAAUGAAUUCUUGACCCUUUUGGCGGUGUGUCAUACAGUUAUUCCUGAAAAAAACGAGAAAGAUCCUGAUGAUAUAAUAUAUCAGGCUUCUUCACCCGACGAAAGUGCUCUCACGCGUCGUCCAAAGUCAGUUACAAUAGCUGUUAAUGGGCAAGAUCAAGAAUUUGAAAUCUUAAACAUUUGUGAAUUUAAUAGUACACGCAAGCGUAUGUCAACAAUUGUCCGCAGUCCUGAAGGAAAGAUAAAGUUAUAUUGUAAAGGAGCUGAUACAGUAAUUUUAGAACGUUUAAGUGAGAAUAAUCCUUUUACUGAACUAACCUUACAACAUCUUGAAGAAUAUGCCACCGAAGGUCUUAGAACACUUUGUAUAUCUAUGCGUGAGGUUUCUGAAGAAGAAUAUAGAGUUUGGGCUGGUGUUUACGAAAAAGCUGCUACAACUUUAACGAACCGUCAAGAAGAGCUUGAUAAAGCUGCCGAAAUGAUUGAAAAGGAUCUUUUUCUUUUAGGUGCAACUGCUAUUGAGGACAAAUUACAAGAUGGUGUACCAGAAACAAUUCAUACCCUUCAACAAGCCGGCAUAAAAAUUUGGGUUCUUACCGGUGACAGACAAGAGACUGCAAUCAAUAUUGGUCUUAGUUGCAAAUUAAUUCAAGAGGAAAUGACUUUAAUUAUAAUUAAUGAGGAAAGUCAUUGGGAGACGAAAGAACGUUUGGAAAAUAAAGUUCAAUCGAUGAAAGGUCGUGUCAAUCCUGAAGCUGAGAAAACUUUCCUUAAUCUGGCAACUUUAUGUAAAGCUGUGAUAUGUUGUCGUGUUUCACCACUCCAAAAAGCUCUUGUUGUAAAACUUGUGAAGCGUCACUUGAAAACUAUUCUUCUAGCAAUUGGUGAUGGUGCAAAUGACGUUUCCAUGAUUCAAGCAGCUCAUGUUGGUGUUGGUAUUAGUGGUCUUGAAGGAAUGCAAGCAGCUCGUAGUGCCGAUGUUGCCAUUAGCCAGUUCAAAUAUCUGAAAAAACUUUUGCUGGUGCAUGGAGCUUGGAGUUAUCAACGAUUGAGCAAACUUAUUUUGUAUUCUUUCUAUAAAAAUAUAACAUUGUAUAUGACACAAUUUUGGUACACUUUCCGAAAUGGUUUCUCUGGCCAAGUUAUUUACGAAUCCUGGACAAUUACGUAUUACAAUGUACUCUUCACUGUGUUACCGCCAAUCGUAAUUGGAGUAUUUGAUCAGUACGUUAGUGCAAGAAUGUUGGAUCGAUAUCCACAAAUGUACAUGCUGGGUCAAAAAAGUGAAUUUUUUAAUGUCAAAAAUUUCUGGGGUUGGACAACAAAUGCUUUUUAUCAUUCAUUGAUUUUAUAUUUUGCAUCUAUAUAUAUUUUCGGUCAAGACCUAAUAUUGUUAGAUGGUAGAUUGGCAGGCCAUUGGACAUGGGGAACUACUUUGUACACGGCAGUUUUAGCAACGGUUUUAGGAAAAGCUGCUUUAAUAACAGAUUUAUGGACAAAGUACACUUAUCUUGCGAUUCCGGGAUCAUUUAUUUUCUGGUUGAUUUUCAUCGUAAUAUAUGGAUCAAUUGCUCCAAAGAUAGGAAUUUCGGUAGAAUAUGAAGGCAUUGUUGGAAUACUAUUUACAAGUCCAGUGUUUUAUGCCACUAUUCUUCUAAUACCAACCAUUUGUCUCUUAAGAGAUUAUGUCUGGAAAUAUAUGAAACGUAUGUACAAUCCACGUACAUAUCAUACUGUACAAGAAAUUCAAAAAUUCAAUAUUCCCGAUUAUCGACCUGGUAUGGAACAGUUCAAAAAGGCAAUACAAAAAGUACGUGCCGUACAAAGGUUACGAAAAAGUCGAGGUUUUGCCUUUUCUCAAAACGAAUCUGGUCAAGAAGCUCAACUCAUCAGAAUAUACGAUACCACUUUGGCAAAACCAAAAGGUUAA